CAGGAACACACAACAAACCGGACUGCCCCGGGCCGCUGGUGCCAUUUGGACAGGAGCUCAGGACGGCAGGACGUACAGUACAGGGGACCGUGAGGGGGAAAGAACAAGAUGACUGCAACAAAGACGAAGAAGGUCCCCUCGGAGGGCGCUCCGGUGUUCUUCAUCAUGUUGAGGAACACGCUGAUCGGCCUGGUCAGUACGGUCGCCACCACGCUCAUGGGCGCCGCCGCGAAAGGUGACUGGCUCAUCAUGCUGGUGUACCUGCGCGGGAAGGAUGGCCCAGACAAGGCCCUGCCGUCCUUCCUCGCACCGAGCGCCAACGGAACGGCAGAACACUCCGUGCUGGACCAGUUCCUGGAGGGUUACGGUAUGAAACACCUGCACCUCUUCAUCCUGAUGGGCAUCACCGGCUCCUUCGUUAUCUACUACCCUGUGGGAGGGUUCUGGCACUGGUACUACUACAUCAGGAAGCGCCACCAGGCGGAGGAGUGGAAAUGUCAGCCCAACAAGUUCCUCACUAAGGAUAACGAGGCUCAUGCUGUGAUGUUGGGCUCCUUCAACAUGGUGCUGGGCGGAACCUUGUCAGGAACCAUCGCCUGUUACAUCGUGAACGGCGGGUACAGCAGGCUGUACUUCAGUCUGUGGGACUACAGCAUUGUGUACACCGUGCUGUCUACCAUCUUUGUAUUUCUGCUGAACGAGUUUACCAUCUACUGGUCUCACCGAAUCAUGCACCUGCCUGUGUUGUACAAGAAAAUCCACAAGUGGCACCACCGCUACAUCCAGCCCACCGCCUUCACGGCCAGCGCCAUGCACCCGUUUGAGUUCCUCCUCAAUCAGUGCAUCAUGGCGGCUCCCAUGUUCAUCUUCCCCCUGUAUGCCGGUUCGUACGUUGGCGUCUUGUUGUGGACCUACUACUACGGCAUGAGGGACCACUCCGGCAUCAUCAGCGUGUCUCCGUGGCCAUGGCAACAGGACACCUUGUUUCACGACGACCACCAUCUCUACUUCCACGUCAACUUCGGGAUGAACACCAAGUUUAUCGACAUGAUGUACGGCACGGUGCGCAGGACGGACCGGGAGUACAGCGAGGACAUCUACUACGGCUUCGGACGGGAGAAGACGGAGAGCAAGGCGCAAUAAGCUCACGGAACCAAGAUCAGCUCUGCAAUAUGCAAAGGCUUGUAGGGUUCUAGAUCUACUGAUUUUCUUUGAUUUCAGUAUUGUGCAAAAUACGGUUGAAAAACCAAGUCCUUACAGGUAUCUCUACUAUCCGGCCUGAAAUAGAUUCGAUGUUUACUAGUUAUUCUGUGCAUCACAUCAUUGCAUAUUUAACUUUUCAAUCAUUCCAUGCGAUGAAAGUUUGGAAAGACUGGGAAAGGAGAAGUUUCUCGAAUGUUCACAUCCAUGUGCUCUCCUUACCUAAAUUGCUGAAUUGAAUGCUGCCAGUGUAUUGAUGCACAUGACCUCAGUAAUUAGCGCACACAUGAAGCAGGUCAAUGCAAUGUAGAUGUUAUUCAUUAACAUUCAGUGCACAGCAGUGCAUAGGUGCUGGAUAACAGAUGUCACGUGAUCAGGGUAUAGUAUAAUUGUCUCGAUUCUGAUUGGAUGAGUCUGUGUGACGUCACGAGGGUGAAGGUGGCUGAUUGGCUCAUCAUGGGAAGGGUAUGACGUCCUCCAUGGGACUGACCUUCCUCUGCUCCUUUUUUUUACAAAGAACCAAUGAGGUUUACUGAUUGAACCUCCUUGAUGAUAGAACCAAACGACAUUGACACGAGAAAGAAAAUGUAUGCAAGUCACUUUUCUUGUCCCUACCAAGUACCAACUCUUGUUGGAAAUGGUUUUUCGAGAUCUAUUGCUUUGUAUUUGCUUUUUCUUGAACGUUUUGGUUGAAUGGAAGGACUGUUUAACUACCUAUAGUAGUUGUUACCAUACACUCCAUUCCUCAGAGCGAUUUGCAGGUGUGGUGUGAGGACACACUGAUAUAAUUUUAUGGGUGAUUGAUUUCCGCCUCAAAAAAAAUCUGUGGUUUACCAGCUUUUUUGGGGGGGGAUGGGGAUUCGCCGGCGCGCGCUAGUUUGGGGGGUCUUCAGAUGAUGUCAUCCAUAAAAUUAAGGCAAUGUGGACUAAAUGUACCCCGGGUACCAUCCGGAUUUUGAGCAUUGAAAAAUCCGGAUGGUACCCAGGCCAGGCUAAAAUGACGUGUAAUGGCGCGGAACGACUGUGACCGGUUCUUCGUGAACCACUGGUAUCAAUGACGCGAUGCAUGGAGACAGAGCUACUGUACAAGUCCAUGUGCAUAGAGAAACCAACAGUCGGACCGUGCUUGUGAACAUGUAGAACGAGCUAAACCACAUUCUGCGCGCUUGUUUCUGUAUCGGUCUGUCGUGCCGUAGAUGAUCAUCAUUUUACAUCAUGCAGUAGAGACCUGUUCACCUUCUACGUUUUGCAUCAUGCCCGUAGCCAGGAUUUUGAAGGGGGGGGGUUCUUCCCAUUGCUUGAAGGGACCUCGAGCGCCGUAGGCGCGAGGUUCCUAGGAGGUCCGGGGGCAUGCUCCCCCGGAAAAUUUUGAAAAAUGAACCGAACCUUCUAAAAUGGCAUUUCGUGCAUUUUUGAGAGGAUUUCCAAAAAUAAAUUUUUAUUCAAUGACAAAGGGAGCAGUUUUUCUACGAUUCCAGUCCAUCUUUUCAAGAAAAAUCUUGGACCUUUACAUAAAAAGUGGACCAAAAGUGGACCUUUGAGCCUUGUGGGCCCCCCCCCCCUGGCUACGGGCAUGUGCAUCAUCACAUCGUUAAUCAUAAGUAGGUAUAGAUGUGAAGAGCCAAGUUAGUGGCAGUCUGGUCCAGUCUAUCGUGAUUGGGGCAGGCUGUCUUCGGGGCUCUGUAGAUAGUUUUCCCUUGUCCAGCUCAAUAGACCGCCCUGCAGUGUUAUGCCCGUCGGAGUUUUGCACGCCAGGAGUGACGUGCAAAACCUACCGGGGAACCUAGCUGAGUCGGGCGGGGAAGAGCUUCUGCAGCCCCGAAGACAACCCGUCCCAACCACGAUAGACUUUUGUAUGAGCCCUGAAGAUUAGCCUUUUGGGCUACAGGGUAUCGAAAUAAAGAGAAAUAAAGAGGAUAGACUGGAAACCAGGCUAAGACAGAGUGAGAUGGUGUAUUAGUAUCUUAACUUGGUUCCCAACAACAGAAGCAGGUGGAAGGUUGAACUGGUGUAGUUAGCUCGAUGAUUAAACUGUGGGGUGACAUAACUGACAUGCGCUGUGUGAUUAAGCCGGACUUUGUUCUGUUGUGUUGU